GUCGCUCGAGUAGUGCUUCCUCCGCCUAGUCCAAAUGCUCUGAAUACCCCAAUCAGCACUUUUUCUUUUGAUUCUAUGCAAGAGCUGCUAUGGGCUGCAAACGAAUUCGGUCGAAUAACAUCAUUUUACGGACCAGAGUUGCAAAGAUAUACUUCUUACCGAGGCCAUGCACCUUCCGAAGGACCUGUCAAGCAGAUGCUAAUUCAAGAUGACAUGAAAGAUUUGCGCUGCAUGGCAUUCACCUCGAAAGGUGUCCACGAAGUUCUAGUUGCCGGUUGCCAGGAGACGAUGUACAAGAUUGACGUUGACAAGGGAGUUAUUACUUCCACAGUUCGUUUCCACUCUACGUGCUUAAUGAAUUCUACUGACCAGAUCACANNGCUCAAAGCAGAUGCACCAUAUACCAUGAUGAAACGCGGUGGCCAGUAUAUCUGUGCUGGUACAGCUGAUGGCUAUGUCCAUUUUCUGGAUCUGAUCAACUACAAAGUUGCUAGGACCUGGAAAGCGCACUCAGCAUUCAUCAACGAUAUGGAUGCUAGAUCGGAUGUUCUUGUCACUUGCGGGUGGUCUUCAAGGCCACAGCAUGGGUACAUGUUGGAUCAUCUGGCCAAUGUCUUUGAUCUCAAAACUCUCAUGCCUCUCCCACCAGUUCCAUUCCCACCAGGCGCCGCCUUUGUCAGGAUGCACCCCAAGAUGUCAACGACCUGCAUGGUUGCAUCCCAAGGUGGACUUAUCUAUGCCAUUGACAUCAUGAACCCGGAUGCGCCUAGCAUGCGGCAUGCAAACGUCUUUGACACUCAUAUCACAUCUUUAGACAUCGCACCGUCAGGAGACGCUUUGGUUCUUGCCGACGCUCAAUGCGCUAUGCAUCUCUGGGGGUCUCCUAAUAAGAUCCAAUUCACCGAAUAUGGCAGUCCCACUGAAUUUGCAGAUCAGCCCGCACCUAAUACACCCAUGGACUGGUCACCGGACAUAGAGAUGUUGUUCUCUGCCUGGCCUAGUCAUCUGAUAUCUGAGGUCGGAGCACCACCGAGCAAGAUUGAUGCCGGCAUACUUGCCUCGUUGAAACGAUCAGACAUCGGGGGCUAUGCACCAUUCCCGCGCAAGACACGAAGAUAUCAAUUCGAGGAUACCAGAGCCGUCCAAAGAGCACACGACACACUUGCGGCACCUCGUUUCCUCAGCGAACGACAAAAGGAUGAUUCUCAAGGUCAUGAAGGCACAAGGCGCAUGUCCGAUGCACUUGAGGCACUAGGCGACUUGGCCCUUGGUGGUGCAACCAGAAGAGAUGUCCCAGUCAUGUAUCGAAACGUCGAGAUCAAAUAUAGUAAAUUUGGUGUAGACGAUUUCGACUUUGAGUCAGUAUUCACAUGCUGCAUUGGCCUAUUUAUUACUGACACGAUGCAGNNGUACUACAACAAGACGAAGUACUCAGGACUGGAGACUCAUAUCGCCAACUCGUACACAAAUCCGCUUUUACAGCUUCUACGUUUCACACCAACGAUACGCAAUCUCGCACUUCACCACACGGCCACUUCCUGUCUCUAUGACAACUGCCUGCUCUGUGAGAUGGGCUUCUUGACAGACAUGCUGGAAAAGGCUGCGGGUAUGAAUUGCCAAGCUAGUAACUUUCUCAAAGUGUUCAGCAGCUUGUCGGAUGCAUCAACAUUGGGCUUGCUCGAACAAUUCGCCGCUGCAAACAACCCGCUUUCUGUCACGAUACAAGCAGCAAACAGAUUCUUGCUUAAGACUUUCUGUGAUAGCUUCCGGCAGUUACCUCCGCAUAACAGGCACAUGGAGCAAUCUCUAACGACAGGCGCAUUGCUAGCAAUAAGAUGCGGGCAUUGCGCCAACGAGAUGCUCAAGCCAGGCGAAACACUUGUUCACGAUUUGGUAUAUCCGCCGAAACCACUAAAACAUCACCCACGUAUGGCUCCACCAAGGCCAGCAUUUUCUCAAGUCCUCAAAGCGAGUGUUGAACGUCAAGAUCAGACUCGAGGCUGGUGUGAUCGCUGCAAGCGAUACCAACAACUCAGCACGCGCAAGACAAUUCAGAGUAUCCCCAAAGUUCUGAUGGUCAACACAGCUAUUCAUUCGCCAGACCACAAACAACUAUGGUCAACACCCGGAUGGCUACCUCAAGAGAUUGGUGUCGUAGUUCAGAAUGGACAAUUCUUCUGCUACGAAGGCUCUGAUCUGAAGUACCAUCUCCAGCGUGGUUUCUAUGAUAUCAUGGUCUACGAACUUGUUGGAAUGGUCGUUGACAUCAACAGUGCGGAUAACCAAAAGUCUCAUUUGGUAUCGUUGAUCAACGUCGCACCUUCCUCGCCUGACCCAGCAGAUCAAGACCAGUGGCACUUAUUCAAUGACUUCCUUGUCAGAUCUACGACUUCCGAAGAAGCCCUCAGAUUCGACAUGAAUUGGAAACUGCCUUCCAUUCUUACGUAUCAAGCCAAGUCGGCAUCUCAUGUCAUCGAUGAUUCUUGGAAAGAGAACCUCGACCCAUCUCUACUCUACUAUCUGCCCAGAGGCCCUCACAAAUCACCUGACUCGACAGUUCUACGUACUCUCAAUCCUACCACUGAACUUCCUCGAGCCGGGAUGCCGUGUGCGAUCGACGCAGAGUUCGUGGCUCUGUCAAAGGCUGAGAUUGACAUCAAAGCAGACGGCACGCGCGAAACGGUGCGGCCUCCUCGACUUGGCCUUGCGCGUGUAUCGGUCUUGCGAGGUGCUGGCCCCUACGAGGGUCUUCCAUUCAUCGACGACUAUAUCGCAAGCUCGGAGCCUGUGGUCGAUUACUUGACCGCAUACUCAGGCAUCAGUCCAGGCGACCUUGACCGUGCUGUCAGCAAGCAUAACUUGGUCAAUCUGAAGGUGGCCUACAAGAAGUUAUGGCUGCUGCUCAACCUGGGAGUUGUGUUCGUUGGUCAUGGCUUGCCCAAGGAUUUCCGUAUCAUCAACAUUCAUGUCCCUCGAGCUCAGGUCGUUGACACUGUUGACCUGUUCUCGCAUCGUCUGCGCAGUCAACGUCGUCUCUCACUGCGUUUCUUGGCUUGGUAUUUGCUGAAAGAAGAAAUCCAACAAGAUACCGACAAAGGCCACGACAGUGUUGAAGACGCUCUCACAGCACUCAAGCUCUGGCGCAAAUAUCAAGAAUUCAUGGACGCCGGCAUCAUUGAAAGCAUGCUUGACGACAUCUUUGACCGCGGCCGAGAAACGAACUUCAAACCUCCAUCGGUCUACAAAACAGAACGAGAAAAUGGAGAAUGGAGACCUGAGACUCCAGGGCAUAUGAGCGUACCAGGUACACCAGCUAGGAAGACGGUGGGCCUUGCACUCCUUGGUGGCUCCAACCAGACUCCGCCUAUCAAGAAAGAUAUCUUCGGAAGCCCGAUCAGGUAG